AUGGCCAACCGCCUGCCUCCUCUGAAUGAUGUGGCGCCGUCUCCGGCGAUGGAGUCGUUAUCCAUGAGCCAGGAGGAGGAGGUGAAGAUCGAAGAAGACUCUCCCACUCCCACCGGUCUCGCGUCAUCCGCCGACGCAGAAACUGAAACACCCGCCUCCGAUCAUAACGGCGGACCCGCGGGGCGCAAGCGCAAGCUGAACAGCACGUCGGCGCGAGGCGUCGCCAAUCUCACCCCGGAGCAAUUGGCGAAGAAACGGGCCAACGAUCGUCAGGCCCAGCGCGCCAUUCGUGAGCGCACCAAGUCCCACAUUGAUUCCUUGGAGCAGCGCGUGCGCGAGCUCUCGUCACAGAAACCCUUCCUGGAUCUCCAGGCCGCCCUGAAGCAGAAUGAACUGAUCCAGGCCGAAAACCGAGAACUCAAGCAGGGAUUGAAGGCAAUUAUGGAUAUCAUUCAUCCCCUGAUCGGGAAGAAUCCAUCCAAUCCUCCCUCAGUCCCCCCCACCGGCCCCAAGUGUAUCCCUCCUAUCUCGACCACUCUGCCUUUUGUCGAUUCCAUUCCCCCCAACAUCAAUCUCUCCCGGUCGGCGGACCAGCCCUACUCCGAGUCCAUCGCCGGUGCCGAAACGCCCUCGUCCACGCACUCUGCACCCGCCUUGGGCACGAUCCGACGCAAUAGCUCGUCAGCAUCGGCGACGUCCUUUCGCAUCGCCUUCGACUACCAACGGCAGAACUUGACCCAUGGCUUGGAUUUCGGGACCGACGAGAGGAUGGGCUUUAAUUUCCUCCUGGACGCAUCGCAGCAGGUUCCCCGAGUGGAGGGUUUCCGCCGCUCCUCGGAGAACUUCCGUCCUCCCCCAUUGAGCGCGCCGGCGAUCUAUCCGCCCCCGCCUCAUCAGGGACCCAUGGCGGAGCAUCCACUUCCCGCCCACUUAACCCUCGUCCGGAACAUUGCCCCGACCUGCACAUUGGAUGCCAUCCUGCUGGAUUUUCUCCACCAUCGCCAGCAGGAAGCGGCCCAGGGGGUUCCCAAGCAGAAGCUGGUAGGACCUCCCUAUCCCAGCGUCUCCUCCUUGCUCAACCCGGAAAAGAGCGUCUACUCGCAUCCGCUGUCCAAGGUCUUCACGGAUAUCCUGCGCAGCUUCCCGGAUAUUUCGUCGUUGCCGGAACAAGUGGCCGUCCUGUAUUCCAUGUUUGUCCUCAUGCGAUGGCAGAUCUACCCGACCCAGGAGAACUACGACCGUAUACCGGAGUGGCUGACGCCGCGGCCGUCGCAGUUGUUCACGCCGCACCCCGCCUGGAUUGACUACCUCCCAUGGCCGCGCAUGCGGGACCGCGUGGUGAUGGCGUAUCGCGACUAUCCGUUUGAGAGCUGGUACACCCCGUUUACCAGCACUCUGUGCGUCAACUGGCCAUACGACGCGACGGAUUGCCUGCUAUCAACGGGGGAUAGCGACGAGCUGAUCAUAAACCCCGUGUUCGAACGGCACUUCCGCAACCUGAAUAACUGGACAUUGGGACCGGCUUUUGCCGAGGUAUACCCGUCCUUGGUGGAAACCACCAAAAUCAAACCCACCCCCUGA